AUGCCAGAAAACGACGAUUGCCAAAAUAAUGAAGUCGAACACGUGGCGCCGCGUGUUGUUGUUGUUGAAGACGAAGGCGCGGAAAGCAAUCAAAGCACCAUAAUUGUAGAUGAGAAUUGCAGUAAUUGCGAACACUAUAGGGAAGAACUAAACAAUCUACUAAUUAUAGUAAACGAAAUGAAAAAGAAACAAGACGAGGACAGGGGAAAUAGCGAAUCUGAAAUGGCGAAAACCGACGCGAAGUUAAAAUCCCUUAUCGAGGACAAUAAUAAAAUGGCGGCGGAAAUACAGGCGUUAAAAAUCAAUGUUGAAGAAACAUCAAAUGACAACGCUGUUGAUAAGAUGGAACAUAGUAAAUCUACAGAUAAAAAAGUAACCGAGUCUGCUAAUAACAACAUAACUCAAAGUCAGAACAGAUUUGAAGCACUCGAUGACGAGAAUGAAGAGGAAGCAAGUGAUGGGAAUCAGAUAAACAGUGAUGUUAACGCACAAAUAUCUAACUACCGUGCUAAACAACAGGAGAAGUUCGUGAAAUCUAGAGAUGCCAAAAAACCGAAAGUGGCCAAGGAAAAGCCAAAGAUGGAUUCACCUGCAAAAGAAGAGGAAAGGACGCCAACCCACGAGUCAUCCAAGGAGAGCAUUGACUUGGUCAUUGGUGACUCCAUGGUCAAGAACAUUGACAAUAUGAAGCUGACAAGAGCAGCAAAGAAAAGAACCGUGUGCCAUUCAUACAGUGGGGCAACUGUCGAGCAGAUUGCUGCGAAGUUUGAUGAACGUGUGAAAGAGGAGAGCAGUUAUGGAAGAGUCAUCAUCCAUGUCGGAACCAAUGAUCUCGCACGUACCCAACCUGACAGAGUUAUCAAAAAUAUGGAAGCCUUGAUAACGAAGGUGAAAACCAAAGCCAAAGAAGUUGCUGUAUCAGGCAUUAUAAAAAGGUAUGACAACAAAGUUAAACCUAAUAAUAUCAAUUCAUACAACAACUUAUUGCACAAAUUAUGCAUCAAGCAUAAAAUUGCAUACAUAGAUAAUGAAUGCAUUGUCAAAUCUAUGCUAAACAGAUCUAACCUACAUUUAAAUAAGAAUGGCGACAGAGCUUUGGGAAGUGCUUUCUGCACUUUUCUUAAACCGAAACAGAGUCUGAAUUCACCUAGUAGAAUUAACAAUGAACAUUUUUUAUGGAAGGGUUAUGGACAUCUGAGAAAAGACUGGUCAAUGCACCACAAGCAUGCAAACCGAAUACUAAGAAAUUAGAUACUAAUAAUUUCUCAAACAAAAAUGUGAGUAGCAAUUUUUCAGCGACUCUUAAUUCCAUUCCCAAUGAAAGAGGUUUUAAGAUGGCCUUUUUAAAUAUUGUUAGUUUACCCGGUAAAAUAGAUGAAAUUCGUCAUUCAAUGUGUAGCAAAAACAUUGAUUUAAUUGCAUUCAACGAGACACGACUAGACCUGAGUAUUUCUGAUGGCCUCAUUCAUUUAGAUGGUUAUGAGGUUGUUAGAAAAGAUCGUUCCCGCAAUGGAGGCGGAGUUUGUAUAUACCUUCGUAGCUCCAUCAACUAUAAAAUAAGGUCAGAUCUCGUUACCCCUGAAUUGGAGGCCGUUUGUUUAGAAAUUACUAAACCACAAAGUAAACCAUUUAUUGUCACUACAAUUUACAGACCGCCAAAUGCAACUGCUGAAUUUUUUGACCAUUUGGAAAAACUUAUUAAACAAAUUGAUGAUGAGAAUAAAGAAAUGUACAUUUUAGGUGACCUAAAUUGCAAUUUGUCAGAGGAAGAAAAUCUUUUCAGUAUGCCAACAAAUAAACUAUAUUCAAUAUACAAAUUAUACCAACUAUCCCAGUUGAUAAAUGAACCAACUCGAGUUACUAUGAGGUCAUCUAGCCUUAUUGACCAUGUAGUUACGAAUACACCUGACAAAAUUUCACACUCUGGUGUUGUACACACUGGAAUAAGUGAUCACAGUUUAGUCUAUGCAAUCAGAAAAAUUGGAGUUUUUCAUAAAGCUAAUGAUUUUGUUGAAAUUAGAAAUAUGAAAAGCUUCAAUGAAAAGAAUUUUAUGGAUGAGCUUCUUAAUCAACAUUGGGAAUACAUUUACUUUUUCGGUAAAAAUCCAAAUGCCAUGUGGGAAUUAUGGAAAGAACUUUUUCUAGAAGUUCUGAACAAACAUGCUCCAUUACAACACAGAAAAACUAAGUCUAGUAAAGUGGCUUGGAUAACGAACAACAUUAAGGGUCUCAUAAAUACAAGAGACAAACUGAAAAGAAAAGCAAUUAUCACAAAGUUAGAGACUGAUUGGUCAAACUACAAAAAAGUUAGAAAUCAAGUCAACAUUGAACUAAGAGAUGCCAAAAAGAAUUAUUAUUCCUCAAAACUUGCUGAUCAUACAUAA